GGUAUUUUUUCUCUUCCGCAGAACAGUUUUGUUAAUUUUUGAUUGUGUGCUGUGAAAGUGAAGAUGGUGCGCGAUUGUGCGGACUUCCGCAGCACGAUCAACAUUUUGCUGGUCGGCGAUAGUGGCGUUGGGAAGACGUCUUUGAUCCUCACGUUAGUCAGUGAGGAAUUCACGAAAGAUGUUCCGGCUCGAGUGGAACAAAUCAUUAUUCCCCCGGAAGUAACGCCAGAAUACGUUGCUACAUCGAUAACUGAUUAUUGUGCCAAGGAACAGUCAGAGGACCAGCUGAUACAAGAAAUUCACCGCGCCGACGUGAUCUGCAUAGUUUACGCUGUCGACGACUACUCCACCCUGCAGUCUGCUUCAGAUCGCUGGAUUCCUCUGUUGCACAUGGUUUUAGGCAACGAACACACCACACCGGUGGUUUUAGUCGGGAACAAGUCAGACUUGGUGACGGAUUCCACAAUCGAUGACGUCAACGACUUGAUGCGAGCGCAUAGAGAAAUCGAAACCUGUGUCGAGUGCUCUGCCAAGACUUUGAGGAAUAUUUCAGAGUUGUUCUAUUAUGCGCAAAAGGCAGUAUUGCAUCCAACUGCACCUUUGUAUCAAGUAGAAGAACGAUGCCUAACUGAAAAGGCCAAGAAAGCUCUUACUAGAGUAUUUAAGAUCUGUGACGUGGACAACGAUGGCUUGCUGAAUGAUGUCGAGCUGAACGCUUUUCAAAAGCAUUGCUUCAAUGCCCCUGUGUCUCCUUCAGCCCUUGAAGAAGUCAAAGAAACAGUGAAGCGCCAAUUGCCAGAUGGCGUGCACAAAAACUGCCUCACCCUCGACGGCUUCCUCUUCCUCAACUGCCUUUUCAUUCUGCGGGGAAAGCAUCAAACUAUAUGGACUGUUUUGAAAAAGUUCGGCUAUAACUUGAGGCUGGGUUUGGGUGCCGAAUACUUGAAUCCCGGCCUGAUGAUUCCUCCUGGAGCUUCCACAGAGUUGUCACCGGCUGGGACGCAGUUUCUUGUAGCUUUAUUCGAAAGGUUCGAUAGAGAUAGGGAUGGAUCCCUGUGUCCUUCAGAGUUGAAUGAGUUGUUCUCGUUGUGCCCGUCGAAUCCGUGGGGAUCGGACGUGGCAUGGUCUGUGCCAACGAACGAUAAGGGGUGGAUAACUUUGCCGGGAUUUCUUGCCAAAUGGAUACUUACUACUUAUCUCGACGUCAGAGAAACAAUGCUGUACCUUGCAUACCUUGGUUAUCCCAUCAAUGAAAAUAACAAUCAAACUCAAGCCGUCAAGGUGACCCGAGAAAAGCACUUGGAUGCUCAGAAGAAGCAAACCAAUCGAGGUGUUUUCCUCUGUCACGUGAUCGGACAGCACGGUGCAGGGAAGUCCUCAUUUUGCCAAGGAUUGCUCAAACGGAAUCUCUCCGAUAUAAAAAGUUUCGGGAUGCUCUCUCGAGCGAGUUCAACUACGAGUCUUGACAAGAUAGGUCAGUUUGGUGACAUGGCUGGAGGUGGAUCAGAAGCUCCGAAGUACAUCGUCAAUGCAUUGAGUGUGUAUGGCCAAGAAAAGUACUUGAUUUUGAGGGACAUCGAUGUUUACAACACUUCCGACGCUUUGAACCCAGAUGAGAUUAAUUGUGAUGUGGCUUGUCUGGUUUAUGAUACUUCGGAUCCCAAGUCUUUCCAGUUCAUAGCGAAGAUUUAUAUCAAAUACUUCAGUGAUAAGGGAAUCCCCUGUCUGUUGGUUGGAACCAAGGCCGAUCUUGAGCGAGCUCCGCAGAAUUAUUUCCUCACCCCAGAGGACUUCUGCACGAAGUACAACCUACCUCCCCUGCAAACAUAUUCGGCAAGCCGUCCACAUCCGAUUUCCCGGGAUGUAUUCCUAAAAUUAGCAACGAUGGCAUCUUAUCCGCACCUCAGGACGCUCGACUUGUCCAAUCUCACGUUUACCUCAUGGCUCAAGCUGGGUUUUGGUGCGGCUGCGGGUAUUGCCAUUGCCUUGGGCAUCAUGCGUUACGUUCACAGAUCGCGUUGAUCAGAGGCUGUCAAAAUGCCGCAUUUUAUUUCGUGAAAAAUCUGUUGUGAUAAAAAAAACCGCGACUAUAUACCACGGUUUUGCUUCUUGAGGUUAUCCCGAAACUUCGUUCGUUGACGAGUACCCUUCUCUCUUCCAGCGUUUGUUCGUUAGAGCAUUUCAAUUUGAUGCCAUUUUGGAUUCGUCCUCAUUCUUCUCGAGUGUUGAUUGCUUCGACAUAAGUUUUGAGGCAUCAUAGACAGUUUUGUUAGCUUUGCUUAAGAAAAGAAAAACGAAACGCAGCAAGUUCUUGUGGCA